CUCAGUUUCACUGUUCACUCGCUUUCACUGUCACGCGCUGCAGGUCAUGUCAGUCUCAGUUUUGAAAUUGAACGGCUUGCCGUUCCAAUUGCGUGGACUGGGCGCGCGGCUUUAUUCGACCCGCAAGGGUGAAGUGUCUUCAUCCGAUCCACAAAAAGACAUCAUCCGCCGUCACUUGUACCCUCCGAACAUCCGCAACAAAGCCUCUCCUACCGGUACAUGGCGCCCGGAUGUCGCGCGCGCUCUCCAGCGCGCGAUACCUUCUGUGCAAGCGCACGAGACUAUUGAGCGCGCUUGGCUCCUCCAUCAGAGACACCUACGCAAAAAACGGGACGCGGAGCUGCAGCGCAAAUUUAAUUGCAUGAGGCAGGCAAUGCAAGAACUGGAAGAAAUUGACUCGAGGCUGUUCAGGGAAGCAAAUAAGCAAGAGGAUCCAAGAGCAAGGAGCUUGGCUGAGGUGGAGGCCAUGAAGAGUAUGUCUGAACCAGAGAAGCGGGCUGUUGAGUCCAGAGUGAGGGGUUUGUUUCCUAGAGAACUCCGCAUACCAACAGAUACACCGCCGAAAAACGGCUGGCCUAAUGAAUGGAGGGCAUUCCAGAGGCCCCUGGCAUGAGCACAGUCAUGGGA